CCGGCUAGGAAAACACCUGGCUUGCAGAUUCGAGGGCCCACGAAGCGUCUUCUCCGUGCCGACAUAUCACUCGAAAAUGGUGGCUCACCCAGUUGCAGAAAAGGGGCCAUCGGCCUUGUCGCAGGCCCAAGAGCUCGUCAUCAAUGGCGAGGCCCAGCCAAGCUCGGAUGGAACCACGUUCACGGUCCGGAACCCGAUGACGGGCCAGGCCAUAUACGAGUGUGCGAACGCGACUGUGGACGACUACAGCAGAGCCAUCGAUACGGCACACGAAGCCUUCAAGAGCUGGUCCGCCACAGGGCCUUCUGCCAGGCGACUCAUCUUCCUCAAGGCCGCCGAAAUCAUCGAGUCGUACCUCGGGGGCGACGCACCCGAGGUCCUGUCCUCGGAGGUUUCGGCCACGGCAGCAUGGGUCAGGAUCAACAUGCACGCCACGGCAGGACUCUUCCGUGAGACGGCCAGCCUGGCGACCCACAUCCGGGGCGAGGUGGUGCCGGCCGACCGGCCCGGGACGACCAUCCUGGUCGAGCGGCAGGCCGUGGGCGUCGUGCUCGCCAUCAGCCCCUGGAACGCGCCCGUGAACCUGACGGCGAGGUCCGUGGCCUGCCCGCUAAUGUGCGGCAACACGGUCGUGGUCAAGCCGUCCGAGCACAGCCCAAAGAGCCAGGCGCUGGUGGUGCGGGCCCUGCUGGAGGCGGGGCUGCCGCCGGGCGCCAUCGCCUUCCUGCCCACGUCGCCGGGCCGCGCGGCCGAGGUGACCGAGUACGCGGUCAAGCACGCGCGGGUGCUGCGCGUCAACUUCACGGGCAGCGACCGCGUCGGGCGCAUCAUCGCCGGCCACGCGGCCGCCUGCCUCAAGCAGUGCGUGUUCGAGCUUGGCGGCAAGGCGCCCGUCAUCGUGCGCGCCGACGCGAACCUCGACGACGCCGUCGAGGCCGUCGUCUUUGGCGCGCUGGCGUAUUCGGGCCAGGUGUGCAUGUCGACGGAGCGCGCCAUCGUCCACCGCUCCGUGGCGGCCGAGUUCAGGACGAAAGUGCUGGCGCGCAUCGCGGCCCUGCGGUGCGGCAACCACCUCGAUGACGCGGCCGUGUCCGUCUCGGGCCUCUUCACCCCGGCCCACGCGCUCCGCGUCCUCGAGCUGGUGCAGGACGCGCUCGCCGGCGGCGCCGAGCUGCUGGCCGGCGACCUGGCCACCUCGGGGCCCUGCGGCACCAUCGUGAGGCCGCACGUCCUGAGCGGGGUCGGCCCCUCGGCGCGCAUGCGCCGCGAGGAGGUGUUCGGCCCCGUGCUGAUGCUGGCCGAGUUCGACACGGACGACGAGGCCGUGGCCGCGGCCAACGACAGCGACUACUCGCUCUGCGCGAGCGUCUUCUCCCGCGACGUCAUGACGGCCAUGGACCUGGCGCGCCGGGUCCGCGCGGGCACCUGCCACGUCAACGGGCCGACCAUCUACGUCGAGUCGACGCUGCCCAACGGCGGCACCGGCGGCGGCAGCGGGUACGGCCGCUUCGGCGGCAUGUCGGGCGUCGAGGCCUUUACAGAGAAGAAGGUCAUCACGCUGGCCAGGCCGGGCAUGAGGUUUGCGUUUUAGGCCCAAGGGCGAAACAAAAAAUACAAAGCGGUUACCUAUGCUACCAAG